AUGGCAUACUCACAGUCUGAGGAAGACAUGGCACACCUUCAGAAGCUAUCGGCCGAGUUCCAGCCUGAUGUGACUGGACCUCUUGUUGGUGAAAAACAACUGACCAGUGCCCUCGUCGAAGAGUACGCUGCUGCUGACCCAGUGUAUCGCACAAAAACAUCGGCGCUGCCCCACAAGUACUCUCACUAUCGCACCACCCGUGGUGAUGGACGGUGUGGCUGGAGAGCCGUUGCAUUCGGCUACUUCGAGAAUCUCUUCCGCGUGGGCGACAGAACCAAAUUCUUGGAAGAGGAAACACGCCUCAAGUCUUUGGGCAAUGUGAUCAACAUGGCAGGUUACAGCCAGUUCAUCUGGGAGGACUUUGCCGAUGAGAUCUAUGCUCUGCUCCGCAAGUGCAUGUCAGCCGACGCAUCUAAUUCUGAGAAUUUCUUGCUCGAACAUUUCAACAAUGAAGAGAUCCAGAACCAGAUCAUAACCUACCUCAAGACGCUUACAUCGGCUUGGAUGAAGACUCGCGCCAAAGACUAUGCACCCUUUGUGCUGCCUCACACUGUUUCUAGCUACUGCGAUGCCAACAUCGAUCCUCACCAGAUCGAAAUCGACCACCCUGGUAUGCAGGCUUUGACUGAUGUUCUGCUGAAGCCUGCUGGGAUAUCUCUUGAAGUCAUCUAUCUCGACCGCAGUGCUGGCACUGAAGUGAACGCUCAUCAAUUUGCGCCCGGUCUCUCGAACACCCAAACCAUUCGUCUCCUCUACAGACCUGGCCACUACGACAUACUUUAUCGACCGGAACAGAUCUUCUCCCAGCCGCCACCUAGCCAGCCCAUCGCUGUGCCGACAUACUUGCAGUCAUCACUCCACCAUUAUGAGGAACCUGUCAUGGAUCUUGGCAUGUCCGAUUUCAUGACUAUGAUCCCUGGCAUGUCACUGCUGUCCAAUCAGUCUAAUUGGAUGCCGAACCAAUUCUAUGGCAUGUCGGACUAUGCUACCCCCCCUGAUGCAGUACCACCUCCACCUGUGGCAGCUCCCGCACCAGUACCUACGCAGCACCACGCACCGCCAACUCCAAUUGCCGCUGCCACACCGGCUUAUGUAUCAGCCGUCCAGACUCCUUCGCCGACCUCGACUACCGAUUAUGCUUUCUCUCCGAUGUCUCAGACCACCUUUUUCAACUAUGACCAGCUGAGCUAUGGUGGUAAGGGAAACUUCAGACCAUCCACACAUAUGUUUGAGCAGAACGGACAGAAUGUCGCAGCUGCAACCGCUCAGAACACUGUCUGCCAGACAGCUCAAUUCAAACACUCUCACUACAAUCGCACUCACUUCCUGAAUCCUGAAUUCCAUCCCGAAGAGUGGGAUCCAAGCAAGGAGUACAUUGUUCCCAACCCACGCAGCAAGAGCAAGUCGAGCCGUUGA